UCUCCCAGCGCUUCUGCUCACCAACAGCUAACGGUGCUAGCAAGCUGUCAAGCUGUCAAGUGGAGAGGCUGGGACAGACGUUUCAGCUUCCCCUGGCUUGGCUUAAUAAAUCCCCAACGAAAAGAAAAAAAGGCUAAAAUAUAUUUGCGAUUACCUGCUGAGAUAAUGUAAGGCAUCAAGGUCGUAACCAAAAGAGGAACCUCCGCACUUGCACCAUUUUAUAUGCACUGGGUCUUGUGUGACGAUUGGUCUUUGCUAGUUGGCUAACACUUACCCGAAGCUAAAAGCCCAGCAAAGCCCCAUUUUUUUCGGUGUUAAGUGACCCUUCCCGGUAAUCUCAAGCUCUGGUCACUGUUGCGGUCAACAACUAGUUUGGACAUUCGGUUUCAGGAAGGACACAAUGGGGGCAUUUCUGGACAAACCAAAGAUGGAAAAAUACAAUUCCCACGGUGAGGGGAACAGCCUGCGAUAUGGGCUGAGCAGUAUGCAGGGCUGGCGGGUCGAGAUGGAAGAUGCCCACACAGCAGUAAUCGGCCUCCCUCACGGUCUUGACCUCUGGUCGUUCUUCGCUGUAUACGAUGGGCACGCUGGCUCUCAGGUGGCCAAAUACUGCUGCGAGCACCUGUUGGAGCACAUCACCAGCAACUCAGACUUCCAGAGUGCUCUGCAGGAGGAUCCCUCUGUGGAAAGUGUGAAGAACGGCAUCCGCACAGGGUUCCUCGAGAUCGAUGAUCACAUGCGAACCAUCUUGGAGAAGAAGCACGGCGUGGACCGCAGCGGCUCCACCGCGGUGGGAGUGAUGGUUUCCCCCAGCCAUGUCUACUUUAUUAACUGUGGCGACUCGCGGGGACUCCUGAGCAGGGGGGCGCGUGUGCACUUCUUCACACAGGAUCACAAACCCGGCAACCCUCUGGAGAAGGAAAGGAUCCUGAAUGCUGGUGGCUCAGUCAUGAUCCAGCGAGUUAAUGGCUCCCUGGCGGUGUCUCGGGCCUUGGGAGAUUUCGACUACAAGUGUGUGCAUGGAAAAGGCCCCACGGAGCAGCUCGUCUCUCCUGAGCCUGAAGUUUAUGCAAUAGAAAGAUGUGAAGGGGAAGACGAAUUUAUUGUUCUAGCUUGUGAUGGCAUCUGGGAUGUCAUGGGCAAUGAAGAUCUGUGUGACUUUGUCAGGUCGAGGCUAGAAGUCACAGAUGAUCUUGAAAGAGUCAGCAAUGAAAUUGUCGACACCUGCUUGUACAAGGGAAGUCGGGACAAUAUGAGUGUUGUUUUAAUCUGUUUUCCUGGAGCUCCAAAGGUAUCUCCGGAAGCAGUUAAACGGGAGGCCGAGCUCGAUAAGUAUCUGGAGUCAAGAGUAGAAGACAUCCUCAAGAAGCAGGGGGAUGAAGGAGUACCAGACUUGGUCCAAGUUAUGAGGACGUUAGCAUCAGAGAGCAUCCCCAACCUUCCCCCUGGAGGAGAGCUGGCAAGCAAACGAAGUGUUAUUGAAGCGGUGUACAACAAACUCAACCCCUAUCGAAGCGAUGACACAGACUCAGCGUCCACAGAUGACGUGUGGUAACACAACCCCGUACCACUAACACAGCAUAGCGUUUACAAACCACCAUCCUCUCUCAAGACCCACAGCAGCUCAGCUCAGCAGUCUGUCUUGCCGUCGUCACUCUGAGCUUUUGGUUUCUAAGAAGGGAAUUUCAUGGGAGGAGGAGGAGGAGGAGGAGGAAGAGGAGUUGCAUGCACACAAACCCGGAGAUAGUGCAGCGCCAGUCCACUCUGGAGUUCAGGAUCCCCCACCGUCUUGUCUCCCCCCUUUUGUGUUCACCCAUCCUAAUACUUCCCUCUAAAGUCAAACAUAACAAGUGAGUCCAUAAGGCUUUCUUACUUCAUUUUUUUUUUUUUUGUUGAAUAAUCAGCUUAUGUAGUAGGAUUUUUUUUUGUUGUUGUUGUUGCUGUAAUUAAUUUGAUUCACAUUUCCUUGUGUGUUUGUAUAUUUCUGUUUUUGUGAAGUGCAAUUGUCCUGUACAAAACAGCCUGUAUUUAAUGCAGCUUGAUUUUAAGUUAAAAAAAAAAUGAAUGAAUGAAUGAAAGAAAUGGAAAAAGAACCUUUUUAUGCACUAUCUGCCUUUUCUCCUGCUCUUCUGGAAUUCUAACCCAUUUCUACAUGGUGAAUAUUACUGCUUUUUCCUCCGUGCUUUUACUUUUUCUUUUCUCCUCAGUUAUAUGUCUAUAUGCUCCUUUUUAAGAAACGGGUAAAUUGUAUAGUCAACAGCACAGUAAGCUCUCUAUAUCAAAAAAAAAAAACAUUUAUAACCUAAUUAUUUCCCCCUUGUCUCUCUCUCUCUUUCUUCCCGUGCUUUUUUUUUUUUUUUUAAAUUGUAUUUUAUUUUUCUAUGUGGUUUUGCGUCAUUUCGGACACGUGAAGUGAAACAAAAUCCAUCUGUUAACACUUUGGUGUGACUAGAUACUUGCAAGGCGUGCGUGGGUGCUUGUGUGUAUGUACGUGCACGCGUGUGUUUGUAUCAAGGCACGUCACUCACAAUUUGCCGUGACCAGGCUGCAAUUUUUUUUUUUUUUUUUUAAAGGGAAUUGCAAAGCUAUACUCUUAUCUCAUUCUUAUUCCACAAGUUUCCAUCACAAAGUGUGUGUGUGUGUGUGUGUGUGUGUGCAUGCUCUGUUUAAACAAUUCAUAUUGCUGAGUUUUUGUAGAAAGGACACAAAUUAGGAAGUUUGCUUCCUUGCUACAUUAUUGAAGCAGUGGCUUGAUUUCUAAUCACUUCCUGUCUGCUUUACGAUAACCUUUGAUCGUGUGUGUGCAAUGUCUUUAUGUGGCACGACCUUUGACAUCCCACAGACAUUGUGUGGGGGGCAAGAGAAAAACGCAAACAAGUGUGUGUGUGUUCCCCUUCCUUCCUCCCUCCCCCCCUCCCGACCGACAACACAUUUUUGUACAUUUUAAAACAUCUAUUUUGACUGAUGCGAGCACUGACUAUUUUAGGAAGAGUCGACGUUAAGUGCGACCAUCGAGGACAAAAACUGUUGGCUCAAAUACUUUAUAUAAAGGCUGUCUUUAUUUUCCUCUCUGUUUUUUUUUUUUUACGGCGGUGGCGGGAAUUCAUACCAAGAACAAAAAUCACCUGAUUGUAAUGAGUUGUCACGGUUGUGUACAGCACCCUUUUUGUUUUUAUUUUCUUCUAUUGGGGUUUGAUGUGUGCGUCAACACAAGCCAGGCAGGGCACAACACUGCAGUUUGCUGCUAGCGCCAAUGAUUUUGAGUGCCCCCCCCCACCACCUCCCCCGCACCCCCGUUUCCGCAAAGGCAACUAUAGUCACUGUCUGUAUUCGCUCACAAUGCAGAUACAUUUCUUUAAGAGAAAAGGUUUUUCUUUCAGAUUCUGCUAUUUUUUUUUUGUCUAAAAUUGCAUUGUUGGAAAUUAAUGUAUGUAUAUAUUUUUGACUUUUAACAUUCAAGGAAUAAAUAUGUUGUUUGA